UUGGCUGAGAUAUGGGCAUGGCCAGGGGCCAUAUAGGUGUAUCCUAUGUAUUCACGAUUUAAAUUCAGAUAUCGAUAAAUCGUGCUAUUCUCUUUUGAUUUAUAUAUUAAGAAACUUUAAAAAAAAGUCCACCCUAAAGCCCAAAACAGCUGGGCAGAGCUUUUUUAGCUUUCCGCUGUUAAACAAACAAAAUGAUUUCAUUUGUAAAUAAAUAAACAAGGCAACCAGUGAGCAACCGGCGUAGUCCGGCAAAAAUACUGAAAAUAAAUGGAAAUGGAGUCGAAAUCCUCGAAAAUUUUGGCUAUUGGAGCGGAAGAGACUGACGAACAGUUGGAUAAAUCAGUUUCAAAACACAGAAAGGCAUUUUUUUCGGAGGAUUUUGGGAUGCGAAUGCAGAAAGUUCUUUUGGGUGGCGCCAGGCCGCUGAAUUCAAAUGUGGAUAUAGGAGCAAUUGAAAGGUUUUCGGCUAACGAAGUCAAAAAGAAUGGUCAAUACUACUACGAGUUUGGACCCGAAAUUAAAAUCAAAGGAUGGAUAAUAAAUGUGAUCACUUUUGAGCCAAAGGGUUUUCUAAAACGAGUGAAGACUAAAAUCGGAAAAGAGCACUGGAUCAAUGAAAAUGUGGCGAAAUUCAGUAAAGAUUCAAGAAAUUUUAUACAAAGUACGGUUUCCAAGGCCGCAGAUGAAGAAACCAUGGAAGUUUACCAGUAUUUAUGUUAUCUGAACAACACCUAGUUAUAUUUUUGUUUAAAUUUAAUUAAUUUAUAAAAAAUAAAUGAAAUAUUCAAAAUAGUAUAGGGACCCAA